UCGCGCAUGAGCACACCUCUCAUCUUCCUGCAAAUGAAUCGAAACGGGCAGCAUUGGAUUGUUGUAUUAAAUUAAGCUAUAUUUGUGUCUGAAAUUCGUCCUGCUUCAUCUCCUGUCUCCUACGUUUACCGCGACAACGAACCCAAAUGUCGGAAUAACGGGGGGAAAUGCGACUUUGCGCUCAGUCAUCUAGCUAACAAGCUAACCAGCUAACAGCAUCAUCAGCUGGUUGUUUUAAAGACAUCAGUGUCGGUGAGACUGCUCGCUGGGAAAUGUAUGUUCUCUACACAAUUCUCGCAUCUUUAGUUUUUUUCUUCAUUCUGAAAUGGAUGAAAAAGAGGAGAUAUUUCACCGACCUGAAAAGACUUGAUGGUAAAACAGUUCUUAUAACAGGUGGUAAUUCAGGUAUAGGUAAGGAGACAGCUGUUGCUUUGGCACUGAGAGGCGCCCGUGUCGUCAUCGCUUGCAGAGACCCAGACAAGGCCGAGACGGCCGUCAGAGAGAUCAAGUUAAAGAGUCACAGUCUGAACGUCCUUCACAUGGAGCUGGAUCUGGCCAACCUGCACUCAGUGAGGGAAUUCUCUAAGAACUUUCUCCAGAAAGAGAAGAAGCUUGAUAUCCUGAUCAAUAAUGCAGGCAUGCCCAGCAUCCUUGACUGGACGGACGAUGGCUUCAGCAUGUGUUUUGGCGUCAACCACUUGGGGCACUUCCUUCUAACCAACCUGCUUCUUCCUCGCCUGAAGGAGUGUGCCCCCAGUCGGGUGGUGACCCUCACAUGCUCCACUUACAAAUACCAGAAAUUGGACUUCCAGGACCUCAAUUACAACUUGCUUCCCUUCUUCACCUACUGCCGCAGCAAGCUGGCAAAUAUCUAUUUCAGUCAGGAACUGGCUCGCAUCACUGACGGGAAAGGAGUGACUUCAUAUGCUGUGCACCCUGGUUUUGUGCAAAGCGCCUGGACAUGCCACUACUCUUUCCUGUUCCGGAUGCUGAUGCAGGUGAUCAUGUGGAUGUUUUUUGUGCCAUGUGAGAUUGGAGCUCAGACUGUCAUCUACUGCGCCGUGUCAGAUGAAGCUGCCAAACACAGCGGGGGAUACUUCGUCGACUGCCGACCUGCAGCGCUCCGUCCUUUUGCAAAAGAUGCAGGUGUGGCCAAAAAGCUGUGGGAGGCCAGUGAGAGACUGGUGAAACUGGCUUAACUGAGGAAUCUGAAGGCACAUUUGAAAUGACCCCACCCCUUCUUGUCUUUUUCUAUAUUAUUUAUGCAUAUUUUGUUAUGUUUUCAUGAACAUUUUGCUGUGUAAAUUUUCUUUUAUGUACUUGUGUAUUUCAAGUAAAAUAUUUU